AAUACGAAUGGUAAAUUUGAUUCCCAUCACUCUUCAUCAUUUCCUAAAAUAGAAACAGUUGAAAAAAGAACGCUUCUCUCUCUCUCUCUCUCUCUCUCUCUCUCUCUCUCUCUCUCUCUAGGUCUAUAAAAACAAUGCAGAGUAAUCAUCAAUCCUUCAUCCCCACCAAAUUAUUUAUUAUCAGAGGCUAAUUAGUAAUAAAAAGCCUCUGAUAUAAUAAUAAUUUUAUAUUAAUUUCAUCCUCUGUGUGUGGUGGGGGGAAGGGAAACAAAAACAACAAUGUCUUCCCUUGUUUGGUUGUUGCUUUUGGCCCACGCCACCUUGGCGUUGAGCACCGACGAGAAUCUCUCCGACGAGUUCAAAAGCAUAUUCAUACUCGCCGGACAAAGCAACAUGGCCGGACGAGCGGGCGUUAUAUCCGGCAAAUUUACCGGGGAAAUGCCGCCUGCAUGCGCACCCAGCCCAUUCAUCCUGCGGCUGAACCCUAACCUCACGUGGGAAGAGGCACGUGACCCUCUCCACGAGGGUAUCGAUAUCAAUAAAACAUGCGGGAUUGGGCCCGGGAUGCCGUUUGCUAAUUCGGUUAUGGAGAGGGACUCGAGCAUUGGGGUUAUCGGUUUGGUGCCGUGUGCCGCUGGAGGAACCAACAUUGAGCAGUGGAGCCGCGGCGGCGAGAGGCUCUACAAUCAGCUGAUCCAGAGAGCUCAGGCGGCGAUGCGCGGCGGAGGAGGAGUAAUUCGGGCUCUUUUGUGGUACCAAGGUGAGGCUGACGCGGAUGAUGCCGGCCGUGCGAAGAAUUAUAAGUGGAAAUUGGAAAAAUUCUUCACCGAUGUUAGAUCGGAUUUGCAGUUGCCUCAGCUACCUAUAAUCCAGGUGGCUUUGGCAUCAUCAAAACCAGGAAAAUAUGUGGAUGAAAUAAGAAAAGUUCAGCUUGGAAUUAAUCUUACAAAUGUGAUAUGUGUUGAUGCAUGGGGAUUCCCUCUCACGGGCGAUAAGUUGCAUCUUAAUACCGACGGCGAAAUCCAGGUUGGCCGCUUGAUGGCCGACGCCUUCCUCAAGCUUAAAAUAACCCCUCAACCUCUUCCGAUCGGACAAACUUAUGCAUGAUUACAUAUUUUGAUGUAUCUUGUUCGACAUAUAUAAACAAAAUUUGGUUCUCGCCCAAUCAAAUUCAUUUUUUUUUUU